AACCAGCGAAUUCCACUCCGCUUUUUACCUCAGCCUUUGGCUCGCUUAUCCCAGUGGAAUCGGAGUUCAGCGACUCUCGGUGGCUAUGCAGACCUGCUUGUUGGGGUGGAGAGGAAAGUAGGGUCUAUAGAAAGAAAGGGGAUUUAUUUUCUACAUACAGUAUUUAUUUUUCCUUUUUAAUUUUUUUUUUACAGAAAAAUUGCAAGGAAACCUGCAUUAGGUGGAUGAAGUCCCCGCCGGCGCGUGGGGAGAAGAAACGAGAGGCCUUGCAUAAGUAGAAAGUGUAAAAAGUGCACGAAAUAAAGUCACCCAGUGGCACGAAGUGAAAGACUUUGGUUUUCCUUUUCCCAGCGUGUGAAGCUUGUGCUGGGCAGGGGGAAAAUGGGGACGAGGAUAGUUCUGCACACCGUCACGGGACUUUUCAUCUCUUUCAUUUUAACUUCGCAUCUGAUCAAUGUGACUCAGGGCUCCAAGGUGUGGGGCGAGGUGGCGUUUCCGGAGGACCUGGAGGCUGAGAGGGCGGGUGCCCUGUACCCGGCCCAGACUGACGAUGAAGAUUUUGCUGCGGAUGAAGCCUCAGGAGAUCUUCCCAGUGGAGAUGAGGACGGGAGUACGCCCGAGCCCAGGAUAGUCGGCGAAGGAGGCGUGACGUCUACAAUGUACUACCGUGCUCUGGUCAACUUCACUGACUCCUUCGUGUACAGCCCAGAGCUGGAGAACAUCUACUCUGACGCCUUCCGGGAAAUCUCAGACGCUGUCGUGGAUACGCUGGAGUCAGAAUAUAACAGGAUCUCUGGAGUUCAGACAGUCAAUGUGGUUAUUAUCAGAAAGAUUGGCAGAAACGUGUUUGUUGAGCUGGACGUGGUGUCAGACUACAACUCCAACGAUGAUCAGAUCCUCAAUGUGCUGUACUCCGUGGUGAAGGAGGGCUCCAUCGCCUCCUACGUUACCUCCGUGCAGGGCUUCGAGUUCCGUCGCCUGGGAGAAGCCCAAUCGCCCCCGGCAGCGAAGCCCAUCUCUUUCCCAGUGGUGCCCAGCACCCGGCCCUGCCUGCAAAAUGAGUUCACCUGCAAUGACGGCGGCUGCAUCCCGCGGGAGUACUACUGCGAUAAGAGGCCCGACUGCAUGGACAUGAGCGAUGAGCUGGCCUGCGAAACGUUAGCUCCACAAGAACUCAUUCCCACUCCGGCCAGACCCCUCCCUGACCGGGAGCCGCCCCGCCAGCCUGUGGGCGGGCCCUGCAAGGCGGGCCAGGCCACCUGUCAGAAUGGAGAGUGCAUCCCUCGAGACUACCUGUGUGACGGAGAGAGGGACUGCACCGAUGGCAGUGAUGAAAUCAAGUGUGGAACCCCGUCUCCCUGUGAGCCCAAUGAGUUUAAGUGUCAGAACGGUCGCUGUGCCCUCAAGCUCUGGCGCUGUGACGGAGACAACGACUGCGGAGACAACUCCGACGAGAGCUACUGCCCCACCAAGGGCCCUGGGGACACCUGCGCCCCCGAGCAGUUCAUGUGUGUGGUGGACCGCACCUGCAUACCGGCCAGCUACCAGUGCGACGAGGAGUCCGACUGCGCCGACCGCUCGGAUGAGUACGACUGCUCUCCCCCAUCAGUGACCAGCCCCCCGGAGGAGUCUGUAAAGGCCCAGCGGGGGCAGACCGUGACCUUCACCUGCACGGCUGUGGGUGUACCCACCCCAAUCAUCACCUGGAGGCUUAACUGGGGCCACAUUCCAACCAGUAGCAGGAUCACAGUGACCAGUGAGAAUGGGCGUGGGACUCUGACCAUCCGGGACGUGAAAGAGGGGGAUCAGGGGGCGUACACCUGCGAGGCCAUCAACGCCAAGGGCAUGGUCUUUGCUGUCCCGGAUGGAGUGCUGACCCUUACACCGAAUACAGACUGUCCCAGUGGGCAUUUCAGUGUGGAUGGAUCCUCCCGCUGCAUCCCCUGCUUCUGUUUCGGCAUCACCAAAAACUGCCAGAACACAGGCCGCUACCGCAACCAGAUCCGCCUGCGCUUCACGGACAGGGACGACUUCAAAGGAGUGAACGUGUCGUACCCGUCCCGGCCUGGCACUCCGCCCCUGUCCUCCACUCAGCUCAAUAUCAAUCCCGAAUCGGAGGAGUUCCAGCUGGUGGACCUGUCCCGUCGCUUCCUCAUCCUGGACUCCUACUGGACCCUGCCGCGCCAGUUCCUGGGGAACAAGGUCGACUCCUAUGGGGGAUCGCUGAAGUACAAAGUGCGCUAUACUCUGGCCCGUGGAGAGACGGAUCCGGAGGAGAAGCCGGACGUGGUGCUGGUUGGGAACGGGCAGAGGCUCAUUUAUCGCCGCGGCAACCCCACGCCCGCUGGUGUCGUUAACCAGAAGGAGGUCAAGUUCACAGAGGAAAACUGGCAGCACUCGUCGGGUCGGCCAGUGAGCCGGGAGGACCUGAUGAUGACUCUGGUGAACCUCGAGAGCAUCAACAUCCGCACCAUCUAUGACAACCGCAUGGUGAGCGUUGCCCUCAGCGACAUCGUCAUGGACACCACCACAGUGGAAUACAGCCUGCAGGGCCCCGCCCAGAAUGUGGAGGAGUGCAGGUGUCCCGCCGGGUAUUCAGGCCUGUCCUGUGAGUCCUGCUCUGGCGGGUUCGACCGAGUCUCCGGCGGCUCCUUCCUGGGGACCUGCGCCGGCUGCAACUGCAACGGCCACGCCAGCGACUGCGACCCCAUCAGCGGCCACUGCCUGAGCUGCCAGCAUAAUACGGAGGGCGCACAGUGUGACAAGUGUCGCCCGGGCUACUUCGGGGACCCCCGGCGAGGCCGCCUCGACGACUGCAAACCCUGUCCGUGCCCGUACACCGAGACGUCUCGUCGGUUCUCAAACACCUGCUUCCUGGACCACGACAAACAGGCGACGUGUGACGCGUGCAGGCCUGGCUACACAGGAAGGCGCUGUGAACGGUGUGCUUCUGGUUACCAGGGUAAUCCCCUUCAACCCAACGGGAAGUGUGUUCCAAGUCCAAGCUCCAGGUGUGACAACAGGGGAACGGUGAGCUCCAGCAGCAGACCAUGUACAUGCAAGCCCAACGUGGUCGGCGCACUGUGCGACGAGUGCAAGACCGGCUCCUUCCACCUGGCCGAGGCCAACCCGGACGGCUGCCUGCAGUGCUUCUGCAUGGGCGUGACCAAGCAGUGCGCCAGCUCCUCCUGGAGCCGCGACCAGGUGCGCGGCGGGGUCAAUGGACAGCUCUUCACCCUGUCCAACGGGGCCAACACCCGCACCAUCACCCAAGGAAUUCUCCAGAAGAGCAGCUCUGAGGUGGCCUUCCGCAGCUUCUCUGACAACCCAAGCGACAUCUACUACUGGGUCCUGCCGGAGAGUUUCCGCGGAGACAAGGUGACGGCCUACGGCGGAGAGCUGCGCUACACCGUGCGCUACGAGCCCGGCUACCGCUCACUGGUGAACGACGGCCAGCCGGACGUGGUCCUCCAGGGCAACGGGAUCUUCCUGGAGCACUACUCAAAAACCAAACCCCUCCCCCGGGUCCCCACCACCAUCACCGUGCUCUUCAGGGAGGGGAUGUGGAGGCGUGCAGAUGGGCAGCCCUGCACUCGAGAGCACCUCCUCAUGGCGCUGGCGGACACCGCGGUCUUCAUGAUCCGAGCCACCUACGCCGACAACAUGGUGGAGAGCAGCCUCUCGGACAUUCGGAUGGACAUCGCCGUUCCCCACUCUACAGGCAAUGAGCGGGCUCUGGAGGUGGAGGAGUGUGCCUGUCCCCGGGGGUACAGGGGACCCUCAUGUCAGGAAUGUGAUGUGGGGUACAGCCGAAUAGGAUCGGGGUUGUACCUGGGCACCUGUGAGAGGUGCGACUGCCACGGGCACGCCAGCAGCUGUGACUCCGACACCGGAGAGUGCCUGCAAUGCCAGCACAACACAGCCGGCCCGCGUUGUGACCGCUGUGCGCGUGGUUACUACGGCGACCCCAAGACUGGCGGUCCAGCAGCCUGUCAGCCCUGCCCCUGCCUUGGCACCUCCCCCAGCAACCAGUACUCUCAGACCUGCUACCUGGAGUCCGAUGGUCUGCCUACCUGCGACAGCUGUCCCCCUGGCUACACUGGCCGCCGCUGCGAGAGAUGUGCUGCUGGAUACACGGGCAACCCUCAGUUUGGACAAGCAUGUACCAUUGGGAAUAAUGAACUCAACGGGAACUGCGACAACUGUGACAGGAGAGGUACAGAGCGUUGUGGCAGCGGCGGAUACUGCCAUUGCAAGGCUCACGUGGAGGGGCCUGCCUGCAGGAGCUGCAGGCCGGGUCAUUUCCACCUGAGCGCCGACCUCGACGACGGCUGCCUGGCCUGCUUCUGCAUGGGGGUCACCCAGCAGUGCACCAGCUCCAACUACUACAGAGACACGGUGUACUCCGUUUUCUCCCCGGGGAACUUCCAGGACAUGGCGCUUGUGAACCGGCAGCGCACCAACCGCAUCACCACCGGCUUCACCGUGGAAGUGUCCACCGACGGCACCCAGCUCUCCUUCAGCAACUUCGGCAACCUGGACCAGGAAGCCCAUUACUGGCAACUGCCUGACGCCUUCAGAGGAGACAAGAGGGAAGCUUUCUAUGCUCGUAUGAGGCGAGAGCACAAGAAAGACUCCCCUUGGACAGAGGAGCAACUGAGGAAGGACGACUCCGUUUGGAUGUUAAUGGAUUCCGCGGGGAAAGAAAACUCCAGGUCCAAACGAGCCGCCAAGUCCUCUGCCGAAAUUCAGAAGCUUGACGACGAAAUCUGGGCUCUCAUUUCCAACUUCUCCAAAGAGCCCUCCCCUUCCCGCCCCAAUCCAAUCCCUUCCUCCGCGUCCUCCGCCCUUCUCCCUCCUCCACCUGGUCUCUCCUUCUCCUCCGGCCGCCCCGCAGGGUCUUACUCGGCCGCCCCCGCCUACUCCUCCCGGCACGCGAGACCCCAGACCAGGCCUCAGGCUCAGCAGGCCCCGAACGUUGUGAGUCUGCGUGGCGCCAGACCGGGCUCCGCCGGAAAGUACGCUUUGGUCUACAAAGGUUUCAGCUUGCACCCAGAGGAUGUCCUGUUCUGGCAGCUCCCGCCCCAGUUCAGAGGGGAUAAGGUGGGCUCCUAUGGCGGUACUCUGAAAUAUACUGUCGCCUACGUGGCAGGCCAUAGGGGAACGCCCAUCGAAGACGCCGAUGUCCAGCUGAUCGGUAACGACAUCACCCUAGUUUCUCGCCAGACAUGGCACAGGAGUCAGGGUACACGAGAGUCUCGUCAGUUUGAAGUGGUUUUCAAAGAGAAAAACUGGCGUCGCCCGGACGGGAUGCCGGCCACCAGGGAGCACCUGAUGAUGGUGCUGGCCGAUCUGGACGACGUGCUGAUCCGCGCCUCCUACUACACGGAUAUGCUCUCGGCUAGCAUCUCCGACAUCCGCAUGGAGGUGGCCGUGCCCAACUACAGUGGCCUGGCCCAGGCCCUGGAGGUCGAGCAGUGCCGCUGCCCUCCUGGGUACCAGGGCUUGUCCUGCCAGGACUGCGCCCCAGGGUACAGCCGCACUGGAGGGGGUCUGUACCUGGGCCACUGUGAGCUGUGUGAGUGCAACGGUCACUCGGAUUCCUGCCAUCCCGAGACUGGCGUCUGCACGAACUGCCUCCACAACACCAUGGGGGGGCUGUGUGAGCAGUGUGCCUCUGGCUAUUUUGGGGACCCCACUGCCGGGACCCCCGAGGACUGCCAGCCCUGCGCCUGUCCGCACAUGGACCCUGACUAUCAGUUCUCUCCGACCUGCGAGAGCACAGGAAAUGGAGGAUACCAGUGCACUGCCUGCCUACCUGGUUACACCGGCCAGACCUGCGAACGCUGUGCUGAGGGGUAUGAGGGAGACCCCCAGAGGAAGGUCAGGUGCCGCCCCAAAAACAACGCAGCCUCCCUGGUAGUGAAGGUGCACCCCGAGCGGGUUCUGGUGUCCCAGGGCACCCCCGUGACGCUCAGAUGCCAGGUGACCGGCUCCCCACCCCACUACUUCUACUGGUCCCGGGAGGACAGGCAGCCAGUGUCCAGCCACGCUGACAGACGCAGACAAGGUGAGGAAUUGUAUUUCCCCUCCAUCGAGCCCAGCGACGCCGGUGUCUACAUCUGCACCUGCCGAGACCUGCGCAGCACCAACACCAGCCGCGCCGAGAUCGUCGUCACCACGGUUUCUAAGCCCAUUGAGGUCACCGUCGAGGAGCCCAAAGCACAGAGCGUGACUGUCGGAUCUGCGGUCAGCUUCAUCUGCACCGCUAAGAGCAAGUCGCCUGCUUAUACCCUUGUCUGGACCCGUCAAGGCAACAGAAAGUUGCCCCACCGGGCCAUGGACUUCAACGGAAUUCUCACCAUCCAGAACGUUCAGCCAGAGGAUGCGGGAGUCUACGUCUGCACAGGCUCCAACAUGUUUGCCAUGGAUGAGGGCACAGCCGUACUGUAUGUCCCAGAGGCCUCACAGACUCAGAUGUUUUACACAGCCUAUGAAAUGUUUGAAGGACACAGAGCGCCUUCUGAGGGGUCACAGGCAGUGGCCACUGUCCACCCGCCCGUGCUGACGGUCCAGCGAGGCCAGAGAGCUGAGUUCCGCUGCACCGCCACUGGAAACCCUGCACCUGCUGUUGAGUGGAUAGGAGGGCAAGGCAACCAGAUCCCCCGAAACGCCAUCAUCCGCGGAGGAGUGCUCACGAUCCCAGAGGUGGAGAGGUCGGACGAGGGCGAGUACAUCUGUAAAGCGCUGAACACUCACGGGGAGCACACCGCUCGAGCCGUGCUCUACGUCCACAGUGCCAGUCUGCCCCAUGUGCAAGUGAGCCCCCAGCGUGUGGAGAUCCAUGAGGGGGAGACGCUCAGACUCUACUGCCGGGCUGGGGGCACCCCCAGUCCUGGCCUCACCUGGAAGAAGAAGGGAGGCCAACUCCCCCCACAGGCCAUUCCUUCUCAUGGCUUCCAUCAGUUUAAAACCAACAGCCUUGAUGUGUUACAGAGACGCAUUGAGGAGCUGCAGGCCCGCAUGGAACGCACCGACAUCGGCACCCUCCUCAUCCCCAACAUCCGGAUGGCCGAUGCGGGGACUUAUCUGUGCGUGGGCACCAACAACAUCGGCUUCUCAGAGGCCCCCAUCGAGGUGUCCGUAGGAAGAGGGGAACCCAUCUCUACAGGCAGCAUCCGGCCGUCCAUCGCCACUGUUCAGGAAGGACAGUCGCUGGACCUUAGCUGUGUAGUCCCAGGAAGCCCUCCACUCUCUGUCACCUGGAUACGGGUGGGCAGACACCUUUCCUCCAAUCACCAGGUUUUGGGGACCCAGCUCCGGAUCCUGCGGGCGUCUCCGGAUGACUCUGGAGAGUACAUCUGCAGGGUGGAGGGUGAACCCAGAGCGCGGCAGGGGUCUGUGACCGUCUCUGUGACUCCCAGCUCCUCGGGACCCAUCUCUACAGGCAGCAACCGGCCGUCCAGCGCCACUGUUCAGGAAGGACAGUCGCUGGACCUUAGCUGUGUUGUCCCAGGAAGCCCUCCACUCUCUGUCACCUGGAUACGGGUGGGCAGACACCUUUCCUCCAAUCACCAAGUUGUGGGGACCCAGCUCCGGAUCCUGCGGGCGUCUCCGGAUGACUCUGGAGAGUACAUCUGCAGGGUGGAGGGUGAACCCAGAGUGCGGCAGGGGUCUGUGACCGUCUCCGUGACUCCCAGCUCCUCGGGACCCAUCUCCACUGUUCAGGAAGGACAGUCGCUGGACCUUAACUGUGUUGUCCCAGGAAGCCCUCCGAUCUCUGUCACCUGGAUACGAGUGGGCGGACACCUUCCCUCCAAUCACCAGGUUGUGGGGACCCAGCUCCGGAUCCUGCAGGCGUCUCCGGAUGACUCUGGAGAGUACAUCUGCAGGGUGGAGGGUGAACCCAGAGUGCGGCAGGGGUCUGUGACCGUCUCCGUGACUCCCAGCUCCUCGGGACCCAUCUCCACUGUUCAGGAAGGACAGUCGCUGGACCUUAACUGUGUUGUCCCAGGAAGCCCUCCGAUCUCUGUCACCUGGAUACGAGUGGGCGGACACCUUCCCUCCAAUCACCAGGUUGUGGGGACCCAGCUCCGGAUCCUGCAGGCGUCUCCGGAUGACUCUGGAGAGUACAUCUGCAGGGUGGAGGGUGAACCCAGAGUGCGGCAGGGGUCUGUGACCGUCUCCGUGACUCCCAGCUCCUCGGGACCCAUCUCUACAGGCAGCAUCCAUCCAUCCGUCGCCACUGUUCAGGAAGGACAGUCGCUGGACCUUAACUGUGUUGUCCCAGGAAGCCCUCCACUCUCUGUCACCUGGAUACGGGUGGGCGGACACCUUCCCUACAAUCACCAGGUUGUGGGGACCCAGCUCCGGAUCCUGCAGGCGUCUCCGGAUGACUCUGGAGAGUACAUCUGCAGGGUGGAGGGUGAACCCAGAGUGCGGCAGGGGUCUGUGACUGUCUCUGUGACUCCCAGCUCCUCGGGACCCAUCUCUACAGUCAGCAUCCGGCCGUCCAGCGCCACUGUUCAGGAAGGACAGUCGCUGGACCUUAGCUGUGUCGUCCCAGGAAGCCCUCCACUCUCUGUCACCUGGAUACGAGUGGGCGGACACCUUCCCUCCAAUCACCAGGUUGUGGGGACCCAGCUCCGGAUCCUGCGGGCGUCUCCGGAUGACUCUGGAGAGUACAUCUGCAGGGUGGAGGGUGAACCCAGAGUGCGGCAGGGGUCUGUGACCGUCUCCGUGACUCCCAGCUCCUCGGGACCCAUCUCUACAGGCAGCAUCCAUCCGUCCGUCGCCACUGUUCAGGAAGGACAGUCGCUGGACCUUAACUGUGUUGUCCCAGGAAGCCCUCCACUCUCUGUCACCUGGAUACGAGUGGGCGGACACCUUCCCUCCAAUCACCAGGUUGUGGGGACCCAGCUCCGGAUCCUGCGGGCGUCUCCGGAUGACUCUGGAGAGUACAUCUGCAGGGUGGAGGGUGAACCCAGAGUGCGGCAGGGGUCUGUGACCGUCUCCGUGACUCCCAGCUCCUCGGGACCCAUCUCUACAGGCAGCAUCCGGCCGUCCAGCGCCACUGUUCAGGAAGGACAGUCGCUGGACCUUAGCUGUGUAGUCCCAGGAAGCCCUCCACUCUCUGUCACCUGGAUACGAGUGGGCGGACACCUUCCCUCCAAUCACCAGGUUGUGGGGACCCAGCUCCGGAUCCUGCAGGCAUCUCCGGAUGACUCUGGGGAGUACAUCUGCAGGGUGGAGGGUGAACCCAGAGUGCGGCAGGGGUCUGUGACCGUCUCCGUGACUCCCAGCUCCUCGGGACCCAUCCAUCCGUCCAGCGCCACUGUUCAGGAAGGACAGCCGCUGGAUCUUAACUGUGUCGUCCCAGGAAGCCCUCCAAUCUCUGUCACCUGGAUACGGGUGGGCGGACACCUUUCCUCCAAUCACCAGGUUUUGGGGACCCAGCUCCGGAUCCUGCAGGCGUCUCAGGAUGACUCUGGAGAGUACAUCUGCAGGGUGGAGGACGGACCCCCAGUGCGGCAGGGGUCUGUGACCGUCUCGGUGACUGCCAGUUCCUCCCGUCAGCCGACGCCAAUCAUCUCCAUCGACCCCCACAGUGCCACAGUGCGCCUGGGAGAGUCCGCCAGCUUCCGCUGCCGUGUCCACGCCGGCGCCCAGCCCGUUCGCCUGGAGUGGAAGCUCCCCAACAACCAGCCCCUGCCAGACAACGUGAAGGUCAGUCGGGAUGGCACUGAGAUGACCGCCACCAAUGCUCAAUCCAGCAACCAGGGAACCUACCGCUGUGUGGCCAGCAACGUGUUUGGGAUAACGCAGAGCAUCAUCUCUCUAAGAGUGAGAGAAUCCCCAAAAGCAGUGGUGACCCCUCAGGGCGUGGUGCGGGUGAGGGUGGGUGAGCCCAUCAACCUGGAGUGCCAGGGGUCAGGAGAGCCGCGCCCGGUCGUCAACUGGCACCGGGUGGACAGCGGCCGGAGAACAGUACUGACGAGCCCCGUGCCCAUGGACUCCAACGCUGUCUUGCAGGUCCUGGCUGCGCGGCCAGAGGACAGCGGGACAUACAGCUGCACGGUGCAGAACAGCGAGGGCACCACCGAGGUGCAGGUGGAGGUGAGGGUGGAAGGGGGGGAGCAGGUGGCCACCGCCCCCCGCGCCUCCGUAGCUGAGCCCCUGCUGGUGGUGGAGGAGGGCAAGACCGCCACCCUGCGCUGCCAGGCCCACGGCGUCCCCACUCCGACCAUCACCUGGUCCAAGCUCCGCUCCCCUCUUCCCUGGAGGCACAGAGUGGCUAACAACAGCCUGAUCCUGCCCGGCGUGGGGCGGCAGGACUCUGGCCAGUACAUCUGCAACGCCACCAACAGCCUGGGGACCUCCGAGGUCACCGUCAUGCUGGACGUGGAGACCCCGCCUUACGCCACCACCCUGCCCGACGACCUGGCGGUGCGGGUGGGCGAGGUGAUCCGGCUGCAGUGCCUGUCGCACGGGACCCCGCCGCUGCGUUUCGAGUGGACCAAGGAGGGCGACGCCCUUCCAGCCAGGGCGGAAGUGGACAACGGCAACCUUCAGAUCAACCUGGCCACGGCGGCGGACGCCGGCACGUACAAGUGCGUGGUGUCCAACCGAGUGGGCUCCAGCGAAGCGGUGGCCAAGGUUGCCGUGCGAUCGCCGCUGGCGGUCCGCGUGUGGCCCGAGGUGGAGGUGAAGGCCGUGGGCAGUGCUGUCGAGUUCACCUGCUCUGCCGCGGGCGGGGUCCAUACCGCCAUCGAGUGGCUGAAGGAGGGCGGCCCCAUGCCAGUCAACCACCACAUCAAGGACGGGGUGCUGAGAAUCGAGAACCUGGAGAGGAGCAACGAGGGAAUCUACAUCUGCAGGGCCACCGGGGUGUACGGCCAGGCUCAGGACACCGCCAAGCUCACCAUACAAGCCUUGCCGAAAGUCAUGAUCAACGUUCGCACCUCGGUGCAAACGGUGAUGAUUGGCAACUCGGUGGAGUUUGAGUGCCAGGCCAUCGGGGACCCCCAGCCCUCAGUGAGAUGGAGCAAGGUUGGGGGCGAGCUUCCCGCCCACGUGGUGGUGCGGGGGGGCAUGCUGAAGAUCGAGCAGGUGACGGAGGCCGACGCGGGCCAGUACCGCUGCACCGCCACCAACAACGUGGGCUCCGUGCAAUCUGAGGUGGUCCUCAACAUCCAGUCCUUGCCUCAGAUCGUAGCCCCUCCAGAUGUGAAGGAGGUGAAUCUCGGGUCUGCUGCUGUCUUCCCCUGUCUGGCCACUGGAUAUCCCGCCCCAGAGAUCAAAUGGUCUAAGCUGGACGGCGAGCUGGGCCCCACGGCCACGCAGGAGGGCAACGUGCUGACCAUCCCCUCGGUGAAGCAGGAGGACGGCGGCACGUACGUGUGCACCGCGUCCAACAAGCAGGGCAUGGUGCAGGCCUUCACCACGCUCAAGAUUCAUGAGAGAGUGAUGCCCCAUUUCACCCAAACCCCCUUGUCCUACCUCACGCUGCCCACCAUCAAGAACUCGUACAAGGCCUUCACCAUGAAGAUCAACUUCCGCCCUGACAGUGCCGACGGCGUCAUGUUGUACGCCGGGAUGAUCAUCUAUAACGGGCAGAAGAGGACCGCAGGCGCUGACUUUGUCUCCCUGGGCCUGGUGGGUGGCAGACCUGAGUUCAGGUUCGAUGUGGGUUCGGGCAUGGCCACCAUUCGCUACCCCACGCCCAUCAAACUGGGCGAGUUCCACACUGUGGAGCUCCAUCGCAACCUGACGAUGGGGUCAAUCGUGGUGGACGGGGACGCCCCCAUCAAUGGCAGCUCUCAGGGUAAAUUCCAAGGAUUGGAUCUGAAUGAAGAGCUGUUUGUAGGAGGCUACCCCAACUACACCGUCAUCGCCAAAACAACUGGCCUCAAGACUGGCUUUGUUGGAUGCAUUCGUCAGCUGAUCAUCCAAGGGGAGGAGGUGAUUUUCAAGGAUCUGGACCGGAGCUCCACGGGAGUCUCAAACUGCCCUUCCUGCAAAGAUUACCCAUGUCAGAACGGAGGCGUGUGCCAGGACUCAGAGACCAGCAUUUACAAAUGCAGCUGCGCCAGGGGCUACACCGGGAGCAACUGCGAGCACCAGUCCUCCCUGCACUGCCACCCAGAGGCCUGCGGAGCGGACGCCACAUGCAUAAACCGGCCGAGCGGCCUGGGGUACGACUGCCGCUGCCACCUGGGCAAGUCUGGAGACAAGUGCAUGCAGGGCACCUUGGUGACCACGCCCCAUUUUGACGGCGAAUACUCCUUCAUUGCCUACCCUCCCCUCACCAACAUCCACAACGACCUGCGGGUGGAGAUGGAGUUCAAACCGCUGGAUCAGGACGGUCUGAUGUUCUUCAGCUGGGGUAAGAAGAUGAAGGUGGAGGACUUCGUCGCCCUGUCCAUGGUGGACGGACACGUGGAAUUCCGCUACGAGCUGGGCACAGGCAUGGCGGUCCUCCGCAGCCGGGAGCCCGUCACCCUCGGCCAGUGGCACCACGUGGUCGCCGAGCGCCUGAACAAGGAUGGCUUCCUGAAGGUUGAUGAAGCCCGGGAGGUCAGUAGAUCAUCGCCGGGGAAGGCCCAGGGCCUGAACAUCCACACCCCCAUGUACCUGGGCGGAGUCCCCAACAUGGACAUCCUGCCCAAGCCUGCCAACGUCACCAUGCUGUUCGAGGGCUGUGUGGGCGAGGUGUCUGUCAACGGGAAGAAGGUUGACCUGUCCUACAGUUUCACGGAGAGCAGGGCCAUCUCGCAGUGCGUGGACACCAGCCCAUGUGACCACCGGCCCUGCCUGAACGGAGGCAGCUGCAUGUCCAGCGCCGAGUACGAGUACCAGUGCCUGUGCCAGGAUGGAUUCGAGGGUGACAGGUGUGAGGUGGUGAAGGAGGCCUGCCAGGCGGACUCCCAGUGCCAAAAUGGGGGCAGGUGCGCCAACGGGCAGUGCGUGUGCCCCAGCGGGUACAGCGGGCUGCACUGUGAGGACGCAUACGCAGGGCAGGAUCCCAGCAUCCUCGACACCCUGUGGAACAUGGAGGGUAGCGGGGGGAAUGAUGCGCCUGCUCAGCAUGCAGCCUAUUUCCAUGACGAUGGAUACCUGGUUCUACCCAAGCCAGUCUUCCCGAGGAGUUCCGCCGAUGCCCCAGAGACCAUUGAGCUGGAGAUCCGCACCACCACUUCAGAGGGCUUGAUAUUAUGGCAGGGAGUGGAGCCCAGCGGAGCUUUCCGCAAGCUGCAUGCUAGUAAAAAGGAACUUGGAGAAGAAGGAAAAGGCAAAGACUUUAUAAGUCUAGGUUUACAAAGUGGACACCUUGUUUUCAGUUACCAGCUGGGCAGCGGGGAGGCGGAGAUUAUAUCCGAAGAACCAAUCAAUGAUGGCAAGUGGCACCAGAUCACUGCAGUGAGGACUGGUAAACAGGGUUAUGUCCAGAUUGAUGGAGGAGUCAUUAGCAGAGGACAAUCGCAAGGGAGAAGUAUCAUGGUCAACACCAAAGGCAAUGUAUUCCUGGGCGGAGCUCCGGACAUGACGGCGCUGACAGGAGGCAAGUUCUCCUCGGGGAUCACAGGCUGUGUGAGGAACCUGGCGCUGAUGAACGCUCGGCCUGGGGAGCAGCAGGCCCCGCCCAUCGACCUGCAGGCCCACGCCCAGGAGGGUUUCAACGUGGAGCGAUGUCCAUCAUAAAGCAGCAAGCAGAGACAACCACACCCCCACUGACUCUGAAGAACAAAUGACACAACACUCACAUUAGCACACUCACACACAUACACACGCACACAAAUACACACACACGCACAUACACACACACACACGGUGCUUUGCUGCUACCAAAAAAUGAGAAACAGCAAAAAGAGGAUUGUCCUUGCUCUGCACUGCAUUAAACCAAAAAAAGAAAGAUAAAAGAAAUUAUAUUAACAAGUCUUCAAAAACAAUCAGUGUUGUAUCAUCAAUGAAGGACUAUAACUACAGGAGCUCCAGUUCAGUUUACAUACAUCGAAGCAGUAGCUUUUAGUCAUAAAGAAAAAGAAAGAAAAAAUAGCUCUUCUACUAUGGGGGAGAUCCUUAGGAGUUGGAGAUGUUUUUACAGCACUGAAUUUUAUUUAUAUACAUAUAAAUAAAUAUAUAAAUAUAUAUAUAUUUGUGGGGGGUGGGAAAUUACAAACUAACCAUAACCCGUUCCUCCUGGAUUUGACUCUGGGUUGUAAUACUGUGUCCCAGGCUUUGUGGCCUAGUCGUGUUAAUACUUGAAGACAUUUAGGCCUUUUGCCUCAUCAUUUUUGGUAGCUCUCCCUUCUGGACGAUCAGCAUUCAGACAAGCACGCUCAGAGCUUUUCUUAAAAGUGGGUGUUGGGGCACGGGGGGGCAGGGGACAACACCAUCGUCUCAGGUGAAGAAAUCAAAUACUUUAAGAGAACACACUUUAAAGUAUCAAUGUUUUUGUUUUUGCCAAACCACUUUUUUUACUGAGGUAAUGUUUGCCUUUCAUGUUGGAGUUGCUCUGUGUGUUUGGUGUCAGAAUAUGAUUAAAUAAACAAAUGGUGCUAACGUCAAAUGUUUAUCAAGAAUCACCCUGUUACAAAGUCAGUUUUCUUUUUUGUGUGUGAGGUAGUGACCCAACUUCAUCUGUAGAUAUGCUGUGCAUUUUAUGAUAACACACAUGUAAAAAAAGAAAUCCCUAUGCCCACCCCCACCCCCCUCCCCCCCUCCGAGCCCCACCUCCAUAUCCAAGCCCCCAGCCCCCCCCAAAACCAUGGCAAUCACAUGCCAUUUUUAUUGCUUUGACAGAAAUGAAUGAAUUUUGGAAGGAUGUUGCUAUUUGAUUUGCAUGACAAAGACACGUGUAUUUCUAUGACUAUCAAGCAGAGUUCCUUGGAUUUCUGUCCAGUAUUCUACAGCAGUGUACGUAAUUGAGUAGAUUUCAAAGACAUGUAAGGGGUGUAAAGAACAGACAUGUUUGUUUUUAAAACUUUUGAAAACCCGCCCACAAUAUGCCAAAAAAAAAAAAAUUUUCCUUGCUCAGUCACAAUCACGCCUAUCUGCUAGUCAGGUAAAUUUGUUGAUCAGAAGUCUUUAUAUUUUGUGUACUUUUAUAUGUGGUAGUGCCUUGUUUUUUAUGUUUGAACCCAUCUACACCGAGGUGUUCCCUUACUUCCCUGAACCUGUACAUUGUCUUCUUCCUUGGCAAGGUUAUGGAGAGCAGAUCUCGUCAGACAGUAACGUCAGGAGAGUCUAUGCAGAAUACUGCCGCAGAUUGAACACUUUUGUGUUGAGGGUCACUAGUCUUACCUUCAGAGUCAGUGAAAUGGGACAGGUCCUAUAGACCACAGUUGGUCGCAUUGGGUGUGUGAUAACAGGUAGAAGCGAGAGCACAUCUCAGUGAAAGUGAAUCUGCAGCCCUGUAGUAAUUGUUUAAAGCAGACUCGUGUGGGCUGUGUUAGAGUUAAUGGAUUAAAAGAGUGGCAGCUCGCAUAGGCUCACGCAACUGAUAUGGGUCAGCUUUAACAGUGACGUGGCAGUUCCACCCGAGGUUCAGUCUGCUUUGGGUCUUUUCUUAUUAUUUCUUAUUGUUCUAAAUGAGCACUACCAAUUCGCAUAACGAUGCUUCCUUUUAAUUUAUUUUCGUUUUUGUUUUUGUUUUUUUUGUUGCUUCCUGGCUCAUUUCUCCUGUUAUAAAGCCAUAAAAGUUCACCUGUUGUCUUUUGGUUAUUACAUUGGUUUAAUGCCCCCUAACCCUUAUGCUUAAGUUUUUAUAUUGAAUCUCCAAGAGAGUUAAAUUAGCUGACCACUGUCCCUGAGAAUAUUUGCCUCUUGCCUCAAAACCUCUCUCUGAGUUUGUUGUAUGUUUGGAAAUGCUGUUACAGUUUGAAACACUCAAAGCUCCCAACAAUAACUGAAAGUUUUUGUUUUUUUAGAAUACCCAUUAGAUUUUUUUUUUCUAUUUCUUUUUUUUUUUUGUAUAAUAUGAGUAAAACAGAUUCUACUGAACAGCCUGUUUACUUUGUUUUGUUAUUGUGCUGGACACCUGUUAUGUGUCAUUUGACCGUUAUCACUGAAAAACAGUGUUGGCUUUGGUGUCUGCUGGAAGGCUUUAAGAACAAAUAUUUCACUGGAAUGUGUAGCUGGGAGUCCACUACUAUUUUGAAUUACUUUGGCCAUACCUUGGAAUUUUGGAAGAAUGUAGAGUCAAUUUUGUGUGACUCUUAGUGGUCAUAUAUUCUUGUUGAAGCAGACAUUGAGGCAUUCAUUCUGCACCAACAGAGCAGGACACAUCCUAUACUGUACAUAGGCCCUCAGAACCUAACACUGCACAAGUCCUACUUGCAUUCCAUAUGACAGAAUCCUCCUAUCAAGGAUUGUGCAUGGUCAUUCAUAAAAGCAAAUUUAAAUUGAUUAAUUAAUAUGGAAUUGCUUAAAUGGAAAAAGUACUGUUUCUAAAGGGGGACGUUGCCACUUUUCAAUUUAAAAUAUCGUACUUGUUAUAUUAUUUUAAAAUAUAUAUGUAUAUUUUAAGUGUUUGUUUUUGAGCUUUUGAAUACAAAACAAAAUAAAAGGGGAAAAUCAAGGCACAAACAGAAGAGUUUCUGUAGCUUAACCCAGCUUACAUUCUGAACACUGAACAGCAGUUUUGCAUUUUAUGUACAGUACCAUUCUCCUCUGUCUGAAGAACUUACCCUUACCCUACCUCACCACUGAUACCUCCCACCCUUACCAUAACCCCAGCACGAACACCCCCACCUUUACCAUUUAUUAUCUUGCAGGCUGUUUUAUUUCUUCCCAAAACUUCAGGAAAUAAAAUACAGAAUAUCAUAUCUGAUUUUCUGAGACCAUCCUUAGCCAGAGAGGACACACCAUCUUACCAUCUUAAGGUAUUGCAACGUCAUGCACUUUGUCAAUAACUUGUUUUGUAGAAUUCUCUUAAUACAGAACAAUGCUGCUGCCUUCUCCUUCAUGGGUUGGGUAGAGCUAUUUGUUUUCUAUGUCUGUCAAAAACUAGCAUUCAGCCUUGUUUUGUGGAAGUGUUGCAUGAACAAUCAAGGUCUUUUGAAACAAGGAAUAAAAUUAUAAUUUUUACAAACCCA